AUGGCGCUCUUGUUGGAGACGACACUGGGAGAUUUGGUGAUUGACUUGGACGUGGAAGGAUCUCCCAAACUGUGUGAGAAUGUGUUGGCAUUGGCAGAAGCCCGAUAUUACACGCAGACAUUGAUUUACAACAUUCAAGUCAAUCGCUUUUGUCAACUGGGCGAUCCCCACGGCGAUGGCACGGGAGGCGCCUGUUGGCAAGGCAUUAUGGAUGGCAAUGAUGUUACGCAAUCCAAGAAACGCUUUUUAAAAUCGCAAGGACGUCGAUUGACGGCGUCGGAAUGUCAAGAACGGGGACGCGUGGUGGCCACGGAAAUGAAGGGAAUUCCCGAUACCAUCGGCAGUCAAUUUCUCAUUACACUGGCGGAAGGACCGGGCAUGGCAUUGGAUGGAUACUCGGUGGUGGAAGACAACAACAAUAAGAAUGAAGCACACGAUACAUUCUUGUCGUUGGGACGAGUCACGGAAGAUGACGACAAUGUACUGCAGAAACUCUCGGCGUUGUACUGCGACGCCGAAGGACGGCCCUAUGUCGAUGUCAGGAUCAAGCGGGCGUUGGUGGUUCACAAUCCAUUUCGACAAGACGAUGAUGAUGAUCAAUCGACCGCAGCAGAACUCCGAAAACUCAUGAUCCGACGGGGCGUUCAAUUUGAUGAUCAAGAUAGAGUCACUGCCUCGCCCGACUAUGAGCGACCACCGGAAGAACGCGUCAAACCGAAUAUCGCGGCAGAUCAAGUGCAUCUCGUGGACGACGACGAUGACGAAGCACUGCAUCGGUUACAGCAACAACAAGCGCAAGAAUCCGAACAACACGAUGCCAAAUCACGGGCCGUCGUCUUGGAAAUGUUGGGCGAUUUGCCCGAUGCCGAUAUCACGGCACCGGACAAUGUCCUCUUUGUGUGCAAACUCAAUCCCGUCACGGAAGAUGAUGACUUGGAACUCAUCUUUAGUCGAUUCGAUCAAAAGGUCAAGGCAGAGAUUAUUCGUGACUUUGACACGGGAGCUUCCUUGCAAUAUGCCUUUAUCGAGUUUACCCAUAGGCGACAAGCCGAAGAAGCGUACUUUAAAAUGAACAAUGCAUUGGUCGACGACCGUCGCAUCAAGGUGGAUUUCAGUCAAUCUGUCGCCAAAAUAUGGGAUCGAUUCAAUCAAAAACUACGACCGACCGCUUUGCAACAUGGAGACUUUAAUAGUGGUGGUGGUGGGAGAGGAGGAGGAGGGCGUGGCGGGGGACGGCACCAUGACAAUGGAGGCAGAGGGGGGCGAGGAGGAAGAGGCAGAGGACGAGGAAGGGGCGGCUUUGAUCAGCAUCAUCGAGGAGGAGGACGGCAACAAGAUCGCCGUAACAGCAACAACAAUUAUCAGGGACAACGGCACCGCGAUCAUCAUCCUCUGCCACCGCCUCGGCGAGACUCCAGUGGCAGUGCACGAGCACGAGAAGGACGUCAUGGGCAUCAUGACAAUAAUAAUAACAGUCGCGGGAGGCGUCCCAGUGUCGACGAGUUUGGCAGGGCCCGCGGACCCACCAAUAAUGGACGCAGCAGUGUGUCACCACCGCCACAAGAGAGACGACACAGCCAUGGCAGUCAUCAUCAUCAUCAUCAUCGCCGUCGAAGUCCUAGUCGAAGUGUGAGUGAAUCGCCUCGGCGUCGUGAUAGUAGUAGCCGGCGGAGUCGAAGUCCCAGCUAUGAUCGAAAGAGCCGCAAGCAUCACAAGAGCAGCAGCCGCAAACACCACCACAAGAAAAAGAAGAGCAAAAAGCACGAUCGUCGCCAUCAUAGCAGUAGUAGACGAUACGACAGUGGUUCGGAGGAGGAUAGCGAUUCGAAACACCGCAGCAGCAGCAAGCGCAGCAGACAUGACAGUGACGACGAAGAUGACCGAAAACGUCGCCAUGACAGUGAUGAUAGCCGCAAACGGAAGCAUUCCAAACAUCAUCACAAACAUCACAAACGACGAAAACGAAGUCGCAGUCGAUAG